AGGGAAUACACCUUUGGAUGUGAUUUCCUGGCUACAGGCACGGGGAUUACUGGCAAGGGAAAUGCUUUGCCCACAUCACGACCAGCCAAUUCCAAUGAUACUAACUCUGUGCCCUGACAGGUCUGAUGGCUACAAAUGGUUGCAGCAAGUGUCUCAAGGAAUUUGCCACCAGCUCAUUCGAGUCAAAAACAGACUUCUCUGGAUAUGACACUGAUAACUGGGAGCCAAGGACCAAUGAUAUACAUCGCCUGCACGCAAACUCAGCCCUAAAUGCAAGCUGCAAGACUCAGCUACAACAGGUGGUCCGUGACACUGGUGCCAGGUAUUCCGCCCUCUACCAGCUGCCCUACUACGAUGCUGUCCGUUUCCUGGUCAUCGACCCAAUGCACUGUCUCUUUCUUGGGAUUGCCAAGCACUGUUUGACAUUAUGGAAACAAGAGGGGCUUUUGUCAGACAAGGAUUUUCGCUUGCUUCAAAUAAGAGUAGAUGCAGUGGUUCCCCCUCCUGAAAUUGGUAGAAUACCAUUCAAAGUUGCCACUGGAUUUAGCGGAUUUUCUGCUGACCAGUGAAAAACUGGGUCUGCUAUUACUCCCUGUUUGCACUGCAGGGCAUUCUACCUUCAAGGCAUUAUGAUUUGUGGUCUCACUACGUAUGCAUGCCGGUAUAUGUGCAGUAGAAGUAUCUCCCCUGAACAAUGUGCUAAUGCCGAAAAAGAACUUCUUGAAUUCUGCAAGGGAUUCCAGUCUAUAUAUGGUGCAGAGCGCUGUACACCUAACAUGCACCUCAGUUGUCAUCUUGGUGACUGUGUGAAAGACUAUGGACCUGUGUAUGGUUUCUGGUGUUUCUCUUUUGAGAGAUUCAAUGGCAUCAUGGGCAACUAUCACAAGAACAACCACAAUAUUGGUGUGCAGUUUAUGAGGAAGUUCACAAGAGAUACCAGGCUACAUGCAAUGCCAUUUCCUGACAACUGCAAGGAGAUGUUUAGUGUCCUUCCUGCCUGCAGUGAAGGAUCAGUGGCCGACACCCUACAUGCUGGUGACAUCACUCUACAAGUGUCUCCUCGUCCACCUAUCAAGAGAGUCGCUCUCGACUGCCUAGAGUCAGCCGCCAUGGCUGAUCUGUACAGCGCGUUAUAUCCAGACCAGGACAUUCACUGCCCGAGGCUGUGUGACAGCUACUCUAAAGUUCUACUAAAUGGUGUUAUGUGUAGAACUACACAAACAGUUGGAGUCAUUGUUUGUUGUCCAGACGGGGAAAGCAGGUCUGCUAAAGUGCAAAGAUUCAUAAGACAUGAUGUCAUUUUCAAAAACUCUAACGAUAGAAAACGACGCAGAAAGACGUUUGAUGUCGCGGAGGUGGAGUGGUUCAGCAGUCACCCAGAAAGGCAUUCCCGCUACCCUGCACCACUGGAGGUGUGGUCAACGGACACUUCUUGCCGGGCAUAUGUUUUUUUUACAGAUAUCAAGGCCCAGUGCAUAUUACUUAGGUACAAAGUAAAGUUUAAUCACGGUAUGGAGACAGUGAAUGUAGUUAUUCCUUUAGUAGGAAGAUUUAUUUUGUAAGCGCUUACCUUGGACACAAUCCCAAGUUACUUUCGCUUUAUAAAGCGGUUGUCACUUCUCUUUAUAAGAAUUGUUAUCUUCAUGGGAAAGUAGUAACAGUAGAACGGGUUUCAUCCGACUUUGAAAUGAAAACUAAACACCGACUUUUAUACACUACAUAAUUUGUAUUGUAUUCUCCUUUUAAUAGUGGGAAAGUGAGUGGUAGUUAUCGUUUCAUAGUCGGAUGAAAAACACUAUUUUAUUUAGCAUUAAAAUAUAUACUCUUUCACGGGGUUUAUCGAAAUGACUUUUAAAUUGCUUGUAUUUUAAUUAUUUUAAUGUGUUUUCACAUUCGUAAUUUAAUAUAUAGUGAUACAAAUAAACAAAUCUUGGAUAUAAA